CAAGUAUGACAAAUCAUAACUUGAAAAUUUGUGAAAGAUAAAGUUUACAUAUUGAUAAUCUCAUUGUCCCAUAUGACACCUUUAUUCAAUUUCCAAAGAAAGCAAUUUCCUAUAAAAGUAAGCUUUGCAGCAAUGACAAUCAAUAAAAGUCAAGGCUAAAUGUGAUCACAAAAAAAUCCAUUUAUACAUUGAGAGAUAAGUUUCAUUAAUGAACAAUUGUACAUUUCAAUGCCAAUUGCUAUCGUGAUGAGGCCUCUAGUACGUUGAUGAAACCUAGUUGAGGGGUUUUGGCUAAGGUGUUCUGGGAUAUGCUAAUGGACCAUUCUUGAGUUGUCUACCACUGUGUUCUAGAUGGUUUCUACCUUGUUUGUAGGGUUUGAAGAUGAUACAAUAGAAGAUGAUUCAAUUAGUACACUAAUAAUUUUGCCCAAAAGGUUUAAAUGUUUCUAGUGAUGGUUAGAUUGUAAUGAAUGUGCUAUUAUCCAUGGAUUUUCUUCACACCACUGUUGUUAUUGUGUUCCUUAUCUUUUUUCUCGUGACGCUGAUAAUUCGUCCUCUUCCGGAACCACCAAUGAUUUUGGUGUUGGCAUGAAUGAUGAAAUGGACCAUUUGCAGUCUGAGUGAAAGCACAAGGCGGUUGGAGGCUUGGAGCGUUACUUCCACUGAUAAUUCUAGGGUUUUGCCUUUACAUGUUCUUAUAAUAAAAUAAAACAAUAUAAUGUUCAUUAGCUGUCUAAAGAUAUGUUCCGCUAUAGGUGGUUUACUGUCGAAAGGUUUAUUUGGGUAUGUACGUAUAUGUGAAACUUUACGAUUUUUUUUUGAAUAUUUUAUAAUUUAUGAGUAUAUUUGGGUCUCAAUUUAAAAGACUAUCAGGUGUGCCAUGGACAAUAAUUUCAAGAUGACAGCACUAUUUUCUACCAAGCAAAUUAACAAAACGACAUUUUAUGCUCCAUACAAAUCACAUCACCCCAUCACCAAAAGAGAGAAAAGAAAUUAAAAAAAAAAACAGGACAAAAGAGCAUGAGUGAAGAGGAAAACCCCAAGUAACGGACGCAAAAGCAUUAGAAACAUCUAAUCCUCCCCCACCGCCGUGCUCCUCCACCUACCACCGCCAUCUAUAAAUAGUUCAACCAAAAUCAACAGGGAGGAGUCGGAAAAUACGGCCGAGCUUAUUCCUAUCAGCCUAAAAACGCCUUCGCUUUUUUUUUUUCUUCCCAAAUCUCCCAUCAUCAGAAAAAUAUCUAUUUAUAAAAUAAUUAAACAAAAUUGAUUGCUGUAUGGGGUGAUUUUUUUUUUUAAAUAAUUAUACUGAAAUUAUUUAUGGGUAUAGAUUUCAAUUUUCAGACACAGUUGAAGUUCACUUGACAAAUGUGAUGAGUGACAAGAAGACUAGUAGUCCCAGCAGUAGUAGCAUCGGGAGUGAGGGCCGUCCAGAAAUGUCUGAGGACGCGGAGCCUCCGCCGCCGUCUUCUACUUCAGAUCUCGCCGCCGCCUCUAAAUCCCGCGUCUUCCAUACUGCCGCCGCCGGAGGUGGUGGGGAGGAUAACUGCUGCUUCCCUCCGAACUCAGAUCACGUCCUGGAGAAUGUGCUGGAAAACGUUCUCUGCUUCCUGACCGAUCGACGAGACCGGAACGCGACGUCGCUGGUCUGCAAGUCGUGGUACCGGAUUGAGGCCAUGACCAGAUCCGAAGUAUUCAUCGGCAACUGCUAUGCUGUGUCGCCUCAACGCGUCACGGCUAGGUUCAGCCGGGUCACCUCGGUGAUUGUUAAGGGCAAGCCCAGGUUUGCUGAUUUCGGCAUGCUUCCGCCAGACUGGGGCGCGCGCGUGGACACCUGGGUUGCCGCCUUUUCACAGCCUUACCGUGCGCUCGAGAAACUGUACUUCAAACGCAUGGUUCUCCUCGAUGAUGAUAUGCAGGCCCUGGCUGAUGCUUUCCCGAAUCUGGAGGAGCUAGUUUUGGCCUCUUGCGAAGGUUUCGGAACUUAUGGACUUGCUUGCGUUGUCAGUGAUUGCAGGUGAGUGCAACUUCUUUUAAUUUUCUUGCUUUGGCUUUGGAAUUCCUAAUUCAUCCCCUGCUUUGAUGUUUGCUACAUUCUCUUACAUAGUAAAAGGGUUGCUGCUAACUAUCAUUUUUUACAUGUUCCAGUAGAAGUCAUAUUUCAAUCAUCCACUAUAGUUGUUAAUACGUUUUUGGUGUUGAUAACGCCAUAGUUGAUAAAUUUUAACCUGUUUUGAGGUAUGAUAUUGCGCUCCAUUAUGAGACUGUGUGUGGUUUUCUUGUGCUCGCAAUUUUGAGAUUAAACUUUGAUGCUUAUUAUUUUAGGAAAUUAAGGGUGCUUGAUUUGAUGGAGUCUGAGGUCAUUGAUGAUGAUGUGGACUGGAUUUCAUGCUUCCCAGAAGGUGAAACAUGCCUUGAGGCGUUGGUCUUUGAUUGUGUGACAGGUGAGGUGAAUUAUAAAGCGUUGGAGAGAUUGGUGAUGAGGUCUCCUUCUUUGAAGAAGCUUAAGUUGAACCAGGAUGCUUCCAUUGGAAACCUCUAUAAGCUGAUGGUUAGGGCCCCACAGCUUACACAUCUGGGGACUGGAUCAUUUAGGCCAGAAGAAGGUGAUGGUGAACAAGAAGAAGAACUUAACUAUGCUUCUGCUUUUGCUGCCUGCAAAUCAUUAGUUUGUUUAUCUGGCUUUAGGGAAAUACUUCCUGAUUACCUUCCUUCCAUAUACCCUGUUUGUGCCAACCUUACUACCCUUAAUUUUAGUUUUGCCGACAUCAAUGCUGAGCAACUCAAAGCAGUCAUUUGCCACUGCCACAAGCUGCAGGUUUUCUGGGUGCUUGAUUCAGUCUGUGAUGAAGGCCUCAAGGCAGUUGCUGAAACAUGUAAGGAUUUGAGAGAGCUUCGAGUUUUCCCUCGUAAUGCUGAUGAAGAAAUGGAUGGCCCUGUUUCUGAAAUCGGAUUGGUUGCAAUCUCCGAGGGUUGCAAGAAACUUAAAUACAUAUUAUAUUUUUGCCAGAGAAUGACCAAUGCCGCAGUCAUUACCUUUUCACAAAACUUACCGGAUAUUGUGGUGUUCCGUCUCUGCAUAAUGGGCCGGCAGAGGCCUGACCCGCUAACUGGUGGGCCAAUGGAUGAAGGUUUUGGAGCAAUCGUCAAGAACUGUAAGAAUCUCACCCGCCUCUCCACAUCUGGUCUGCUGACUGACCAAGCUUUUAAUUACAUCGGGAAAUAUGGUAAAUUGGUGCGGACCUUGUCAUUUGCGUUCGCUGGGAACAGUGACUUGGGGCUGAAGUACGUGCUGGAGGGAUGCCCGAAGUUGCAAAAGCUCGAGGUAAGGGAUUGCCCGUUCGGAGACUUGGCUGCCCGUGCUGGUUUGCAUCACUAUUACAACAUGAGAUUCAUUUGGAUGUCGUCUUGCCGAGUAUCACGUCAAUGCUGUGAGGAGAUUGCACACCAGUUGCCGCACUUGGUGGUGGAAGUGGUUGACUGGAACGAGUUGGGGAGGAAUGAGACCGAUUAUGAUGUUUUGUACAUGUACCGGUCUCUAAAUGAUGAACCAAGAACCGAUGCCUCAAAGUUUGUUCAAAUAUAUUGAUGUUAGGAAAUAUGCUGGAAAAGGUGUCAUUGUGGUUUUAUCGAUUUUUUUCAUGCAAGGUCGUCGACCAGCGGAAUAUCGGUGAUUUAUUCGAGGACGGUUUCUUCAAUGACGUUCAUUUUGUCUUAGAGAAGAAAGAAGCCACGGACACUACUAGGUGUAAGAAGGGGUGUCCUACAGAAGUGGAAAUUGAGAAAGUUCAUAGUGGAAAUUGCAUAAUUCCCAUUUGAUUAUAUUUAGUUUUCUCUUGUUUUUAUUCUCUGUAUCAGUUUAGACUUAGACCUGUUUAUUUUUCUUCAGGUGUGUUGCUUCUUUUGCACCUGGCUGCCGAAUUGAUUUAUUUGUUGUUAUUUUACUAGACAUUUCAUUCCAUUAAUGAUAUGUAUGGUAAGCAUUGUUGAUCAAUAACUCUGGUUUCCUCAUUUGGUUAUCUUAUCUAUGAAAGUUGCAUAAAAGCCUUGUGAGAUGAA